AUGGAUUCUAAAUUUGAUUGUAAUUAAACCAAAAAGAAAUAUGCUAUAAUAACACAUGCUGUUAGGAUGGCAUUUAUAAAAAGAGUUCAAUCAAAACAAACAACUAUCAAGUAAGCAGCUUAAGAAUUUGGAAUUAAGUUUAGCACAUCUAAAGCUAUAUUAUAGACUUACAAAUAAGAAGGAAGAAUAGGAAAGAAAAAAACAAGGUUAAGAAAGGGCCCUUCCAAAAAUUAAUCAAAACAGGAAAAUCAAGAUCAAAAAUAAAAAAUAAUUGAUUCCAAUGAUUAAUAAUCACAUUCAAAACCAUUGACAAUCGAUUUAAAUUAGUUGGCUCUUUAGAAGUAAUAAGCCUUAUAAUUUCAAAUAUUUUAAUUAAGUUUGAAUAUGAACCCAUAUUAACUUUUACACUAGUAAAUAUUUAUCAUUAAAAUUAGAAACCUCUGUUUUCAAUAAAAUCUCUAACAAGAUCCUAUUCUAAGCCUUUUAAAUUAUUAGGCUAUGAUGCACAAUACUUUUAGAACACGAACUUUCUCAGAAUAAUCUGGAAAGAUACUGGAAUAAAAAUAAAUGAUAAAUCCUAUUCUAUAUAGUUAAUGUUUGAGUUAAAAAUUGAAUGAAAUAGGAACAAUUUGAAGG